AUGGUGAGGUCUCCCUGUGAAAAAGUCAAUGUCAAAAGGGGUGUGUGGGCCACGGAAGAAGACACAAAGAAGCUUGCAUUUGGUUCCAAGCAUGGAUCUGGUAACUGGACUUCUGUCCCCAGGAAAACAAGGCUCAAGAGGUGUGGAAAGAGUUGUAGGCUUAGAUGGAGUAACUGCCUUAGGAAUGAUCUUAAGUACGACAAUUUCACAACCCAAGAAGAAGAUCUAAUCAUUAAGCUUCACGCAGCCAUAGGUAGCAGGUGGUCUAUAAUAGCCCAACAGCUUCCUGGGAGAACAGACAAUGAUGUAAAGAUCUACUGGAACACAAAGCUGAAAAAGAAACUCUCUGAAAUGGGGAUUGAUCCUGUUACCCACAAGCCCUUUUCUAAACUCAUUGCUGACUAUGGAAACAUCGGGGGUUGCCAGAAACCAAGUACCAGAAUAGGGUCUAUCAAUAAAGACUUCAAGAGCGCAAUGAUGCUAAAAUCAGAACCCCAUCAAACCAUGCCACAAGGAUCUACAAAUAUAAAUGACCAAGAAACCACUAGAAACAACUUUUUAUUCAACAGAGCUCAUGGUGAUAAUCUCUUAAUGGACUUUGAGAAUGAGAUGAUCUCAGGAUCUAUGUUAGGGGAAGAUCGUUUGUCAAAAACUUCAUCCCCUUCUACUCCUUCUACUUGUUCCACUUCAGCUUUUAGUUGGAAUGACUUCCUUCUUCUAGAAGAUGAUUUUACACCACUUGACUACCAGGAAACAGACACCCUGGUUUCAAAGGAGAAUGUGGUGACCAUACAGAGUUGGAAUAGCAAAGAGGUGAAGUCACAGCAUGCCUCGGGUAGUAGUGACUUCCAAUUUUCAUCAUCCUCUCACACUUCAUUCAUAGAAGCCAUGCUUGAUCAAGAAAAUGAAAUGUUUCUGAGUUUUCCACACCUUAUGGAGGAACCAUCCAACUUGAGUUAAAUUUUCAAAUAAUAAUUCCCCAAUGUCGAAACGCAUCUACCUUAUCUUGCCUGUAUUCUGGACUACCAUGUUACUGCUUUUGUUCUU